AUGAAAUCGAAUAAUGAAAAUAAUAAUAAUAAUAAAACAAUAAAAAAUAAUAUAGAACAACCACAAAAUGGAAAGAAAAUAUUUGCACCCAAUAUACCAAAUAAAAUGAAAAGAAAAACAGAAAAUAUAAUAUUUACACCCGAAAUGGUAUUAAAUCCAACAAAGAGCGAAUUAAAAAAUAGAGAACAACCAAAAUUACAAGAGGUGUCAACAUCACCACCACAGUACCAUUAUAGUAGUUCACCACCACCACUAAUAACCAACGAAUCAAAAAAUAUAGUUAAACCAGUUAUUUUGAAAAUUAAAAGAAAAAUUGACGAUGAUGCAUUACCUUCUAUUUUAAUUGAAAGACCAAAGAAAAAAGCAUUUUUAGAUACAUUCAAAGAUUUUGGUAUUGAUGAUAAGGAUGAUAAAUUAAUUUCCGAAAUAACACCCGCUUCUCCACCAAAAAAAGAGGAAAUAAAAGAAGAAAUUAAAACCCCACCUAUUAAAGAUAAAAAAUUAUUUACUUUAGUUACAACAUUGGAUGACCCAACUGCAAAUAGCAAUAAGUUGCUUUCAAAAUUCCAACAAAGAUUAGAACAAUUUAAUAACAAAGGUGUUAUUUCCUCUCCAAAGCAAUUAGAAUCGAAAAAAGAAAGAACAAAUAAAAAGAGAAAAGAAUCUAGAUAUAAACAAAUUAAUAUUAAUAGAAAUUUAUUAUCAAAAGAAGAAAGAGAAUUAUUUCAAAAUCAUGAUAUUAUCGAACUAGAAAGAACUAUUAUCGACCAUGAUAAUAUAUUAAACUCUGCUUUGUCAAAAGAAGAGGAGGCAUUAAUUUCAGAUUAUAGAUCAAUGUUAGAAGAACAUUUCAACAGCGCAAGUGUACCAGCAACAAUGUCAAGUGAAACUAAAUAUGUAUACGAUUAUUAUUAUUUUGACCCAACUAUUGAUCAACAUAUGCUUGAUCAAGCCGACCCAGAUUCAAUCGAAACUGUUGAGUUACCUCCAGAAGAUGACUUUUACGAUAUUUUAGAUGGUUGCGAUUCUGACGAAUCAAGUGUCGACUCUGAAAAUUGGUAUAGAGAAUAUCCCUCAAGCGAAGAUGAUCAAGAUGAUGGUUACGAUGAUUUCGAUAAUUAUCACAGAUCAAAUAGAAUUGUAAAUAGCGAUGAAGAUGACUAUGAAUACGAUGAAUAUGAUGGAGAUUUUUAUAAUCAAGAUGAUUAUGAUGAUAAUAUAUAA